AUGAAGUUGGACGCGCUUAUCAUCGCUGCGGUCGUCGCGGGUUUCCCAGCCCACGCGAAAGAGGCGUAUGCGCAAGGCGGCGAUACGCAGCAACACGAGCAAGAGCCACUGGACGGAGAGUGGCAGCCUACGGUAAUCGGACACGAAGACGUCGAGCCAUACCCUGAGUCGGAGCCGAACACGGUCACCGAAAGGGCUGGAGUCAUGUUUAAACCCAGGCUCGUUGUCAACACGGGCUGCCAGCCGUACCCUGCCGUAAACGAUGCUGGCGAGACCAGCGGUGGUCUCAAACCUUCUGGUGAACCGGACAGUGGAUGCCAAGGAUCCAAGCACGGGUCACAAGUUUAUGGGCGCGCUAUCUGGGUCGAUGACAUCUGGGCUAUCAUGUACGCGUGGUACUUCGCGAAGGACUCGCCCAUAUCACUAAUGGGUCACCGGCAUGACUGGGAAAACAUCGUGCUGUUCAUUGAUAACCCCGCUGGUCGGAAUCCGAAGAUCUUGGGCUGUUCCACGUCGUGGCACAGCGGUUACAUCAAGUACGCACCCUGCCCUGAGGACUUCAUCGAUGGAUCUAGUGUCAUGAUCAAGUACGAGCACUCGUUUCCACUGAAUCACGCCCUCAACAUUACGGAGGAUGCUGGGGAGUACCAGGACCUCGUCAUGUGGCACCAACUGUCGGACUGUGCACGCCUCGCUCUGAACAAAACAGAUUUUGGCGAAGCCAACACGCCGAUGAAUGACCAGAAUUUCAAAGCGAAGAUUACGGCCGCAUGGCCGUUUGAGACAAAAGACGAUGAAGCAUGA